AUGGACGGCGGCGUAGGGAAGGCGGGUCGAGAUAGACCUUCGUCGAGGUCGCAUCCAUACGACAAACGAAAGGAGUCGUCAGGCAGGUCGGGCCCGCCGCCGGACGAGCGGACGGAGAACAAGCUGUAUGUGGGCAACCUGGACCACCGCGUCACGGAGUACCACGUGAUCAGGAUGUUCACCCCGUACGGCAAGAUCCGCCGCGAGGAGUAUCUGUGGCACACGUAUGGGCCCAAGCGGGGCGAGCCUCGGGGCUAUGCGUUUGUGGAGUACAGCAAGCGAGAGGAAGCUGAGCUGGCUCGCUCCAAAAUGAACGGUCGGACGGUGUUUGGGCGGCCGCUGGUGGUGCGAUUCGUGGAUGAGAAGGUGGUCACUUACAACACCGAUGCCCCCGUGUGGAACCGACACACCGGCACCACCACUGCUGCACCCGCCUCUGCUGCUGCUGCUGCUCCGGGUGCUGCUGGUGCGGCUGGUGUGGGACGAGGGGGGGGUGCGGGAGCAGCGGUGGCGACGGCGUCGGCAGCAGACGGUGCGAAGCGGGCGCGGGUGGCGGCGAUUCAGAGCAAGCUGAGAGCCAUGGAGCAGGAGGACCGGCAGCGCAAGCAGGGGCAGGCGCCCAAGACUAUGAACAUGAUUCGCCCUCCGCCGUCGGGGUUUGGGGGUGGGUUCCCCCCCGGGGCUGGGAGGGGUGAUGGGGGAGAUGGUGGAGGAGGGGGUAGAGGUGGAGGGGAAGGGAGAGGGGCGGGAGGGGGGUACUCGCGGACGCUGUUGCAGUCGGGGACAAGAUGGUCGGCAUGGGGGUAG